AUGUGUCACCGGGCGUGCCCGCUGGAGUCUUUCCCUCGCCUGGGGGCGGCGCAUCUGCUCCCCGCCGGCAAGCACGCCCCCCAGACAUCCAGGCGGCUCGGCCACGCGGGGAUGGCGUUCACCUUUUGGUGCGCCCAGGCCCCAUCGAGCCCUGAAAAAGACACGACGGGAGCCGUGGUCGGGAACUUCUGCUCCGUGUGCCGCUGCGGCGCCCUGGGCGGCACGCCGUGCCCUCUGCGAGCGGAAAUGGCGCGCCGCUCCGCCUCGCGGGGCGGGCGGGCCUGGACGCCUGGGGGUGGGCAGCGUGGAUGGGGGCCUCCAGGAUGGGUCGUCUAA